AUGGUGGCGAAGUCAACGCAGUGCAGCCAGGACGGCGCGCGCAGCGGUACACUGAGCAACAUCUGCAGCAGCGCGCGGAGGAGACCACACUGCGCCACGCUCGCGGUCCUCCUCAUCACCGCCGUGUCCGUCUGCAGAAGUGCUCCGGUGGUUCUUGAAGGCCCAGCAGUGCGGCAGGAGCUCCAGAUCCGGAGACAGAUAAACCAUGUCUGCUCCUCACUGCUCUCUCUGCAACAGCGGCCUCAGGUACCAGACUCCUUGGAAGAACUUUGCUUCCUGGUCAUGGGGGGUAUGAGGAAAUCUCAGGGUCUGAAAGUGAGGGAGGACUCGAAGCGGUUUUUAUUCCAUUACACUAAGCCACAAGGCCCUGCCCCUGCUGACCUCACGUCCUCUGUCCUGCACCCUCUCCUGCAGCUGGUCCCUCAGCUUCAUGUGCGAAGACUGAAGAGAUUCAUCGCUGACGAUGAUCUUCAAGGGCCAGGAGGAAUACAGAGCAGAGGAUACUUUCUGUAUCGGCCAAGAAAUGGAAGAAGCUCUGCUGCUGUUGCAUAGAAGAUUUGUGUAAAUUAAAGACUUCCUGGGUGAGAGGUGCUGUACUGAUUGGGCUGGGAGCUGCUGCAGCAACGUGACCUCACUUCCUGUACACUCUUCCUGUUAUGAUCUUUACACAUAUUGUAUAUUGAUGUUGAUGGUAUACAAAUGUCAAUAAAUCCAUUUUGGUUUAA